CAUUAUCUUCUUCUUUUCCAAGAGCCAUGGCUUUGUGCUCGAUCUGUUGCCCUCGUAUCCCUGUUCGAUUCAGACCUAAACCCAUUUCUCCUUUCCUCUCAAAACCUUUGUUUUCCUUCUCUUAUAGGGUUUACUCUUCCCUGCAACCUACUCCAUCUGCCAAAGAUGAACUUGGAAGUGUAAGCAUUGGGUUUCUGGGUAUUGGAAUCAUGGGUUCUCCAAUGGCACAAAACCUCCUCAAAGCUGGGUGUAAUGUGACUGUGUGGAAUCGAACUAAGAGCAAAUGUGACCCUCUCGUCGGAUUAGGAGCAAAAUACAAGUCUUCUCCUGAAGAAGUGACAGCAGCUUGCGAUCUCACAUUUGCAAUGCUAGCAGAUCCUGAAAGUGCAAUAGAUGUUGCCUGUGGAAAGAAUGGAGCCGUAUCUGGAAUUAGUUCAGGAAAAGGGUAUGUUGAUGUCUCAACCGUUGAUGCUGCUUCAUCGAUAUUAAUUAGCAAGCAAAUAAAGGAUACUGGAGCAUUGUUUUUAGAGGCACCAGUUUCUGGUUCCAAAAAGCCUGCCGAAGAUGGUCAGCUUAUAUUCCUCACUGCAGGUGACAAGCUGCUAUACGAAAAAGCUGCUCCUUUCUUAGACAUCAUGGGAAAGUCAAGAUUCUAUUUGGGUGAAGUUGGUAAUGGCGCAGCAAUGAAACUUGUCGUCAACAUGAUCAUGGGAAGUAUGAUGGCAUCAUUCGCCGAGGGAAUACUAUUAAGCCAGAAAGUAGGACUUGAUCCAAAUGUACUAGUCGAGGUAGUCUCACAGGGAGCUAUCAAUGCGCCAAUGUAUUCACUCAAGGGUCCUUCAAUGAUCAAGUCAGUGUACCCUACAGCUUUUCCAUUGAAGCAUCAGCAGAAGGAUAUGAGACUUGCACUGGGACUAGCUGAGUCUGUAUCUCAGUCCACUCCAAUUGCAACAGCAGCAAACGAGCUUUACAAAGUCGCCAAGUCUUAUGGUUUGAGCGAUGAAGAUUUCUCUGCGGUUAUUGAAGCACUAAAAGCUGCAAAAUCUCAACAAAGCUAAUAAAGCUUUAAAAAGAUUUGUUCUUACAUUUUCAGUUCAACCUGAACGAACUAAAGAGAGUUUCUUUGUUGUUAUGUAAAGAUGUCAACUUUACAAUUUAAAAGCGUUCAAAGUUCAAACACAAUUCAACCUUUGAUCUCCCUGAUGUUGACUAACGUUU